GCCCACCUGUCCUCAGGCGGCGGCAGCGGGUUGGGCCCAUUCACCCAUUCACCACACAAAUGGCUCCAUUGGACACCUACAGCUAUUUACUUUUACCAACAAGCUGAGCUGACAGGAAAAAGUCUGAGAAGUGACUGACCCUCUGCCACAAGAACCGACUUGACAUUAAACCUUUGUGUGCCACUGGCAGGAAGGCAAAGAAAUUCCGCCGGGCCGAGGGGCUUCAUCCACCAGCCCCCAUCCAAACCCAUACAGACGAGCAUUCAAUCCUGACGGAAAUCUGAGGAGUUGGACUCGAAGGGGGAAGAAAGUGUAGGCGGUGUUGCAUUCUGCCCUUCAGCCCUAAGAUGUCCUCAGUUGGCUUCGAUGACUUCUCGGGUCCCUGCUCCGAGUUGGCCUUGCCGCCACUCUUCGGUGGCAAUAUCCUGGAGAGCGAGCUGGAGCAGGAGGUGGAAUUUGCGGACACUGGGCUGAAUGGCGACACUGCGGAGGAGGAAGGGGCAGCGAGGCUGCGGGAGCUGUACCGAAACAAGUACCACGCGUUACAGAGAAGAUGCAAGGAAAUUGAAACGGUAAAUGAAAAACUCUUGAACAGACUAAAAAACGUAAGGAAGAUAACGCAGAGGUUGAAAAAGGAACGAAGGUUCCUGAUGAAGUGUCUGGAUUCUCAUGGUGAUUCCUACCGCACAGCCCAGCUGACCAUACUGCUUGAGGACGAGGGCAGCCGAGGUGCUGAGGAGACGCUAGUGGACACACAUCCCCCGAGCAGCCAGCUCCCAGAGGGAGAGGAAGCCCCAGCGGCCAGACACAGCUCACAGGGAUCGGUCAGUCCCACGCCCAGUGAGGGGGGCACGCACAAAAGGAAGAGGGCAAAGGACGACAGGGAGGCCCCACCCAACAAGAGACAUUUGACUUCCUUCUAUAAAUUCAGCCGUGACAUCCCCAAACAGGAUUCCAGCGAUGGGGAGUUGUCACCCCGGGAAGGGAGUGAACCCAUCUCCCAUCCCUGGAACACUGAGAGCCCUGAAGGGAAGGUUGUUUACAGAGAGUACCCCAGCCCAGCUGUCUACCCCGAGUUUGACUGAAUUCCACAAUCCUGGGCUUGGAGACAACCGAGGAAGGGGGCUUGUGUGUGGACAGAAACUGAUAUUUGGAGGCAGACCAGUUCAAGGAACCUGAACCUCCACCCCAAUCAUUCCAGGGCCCAAUCCCUCAGAUACCCAUCCACACGUUUAUAUCAAUGACAGCAGUGUCAUUUAAAUAAAGCAGCAAAACUAUAA